AUGUCAACUUGUAAAUCGAUUUCUUUUGCUCGAAGGGCCGCAUUUUUUACAGUUGUCCGCAACAAAGGACAUUCUAAGUGGCAAAAUAUCAAGGAGAACAAGGGGAAGAAUGAUAGGAUGAGGUCAUUGGCGAUUACACGUCUUUUGGAACGGGUCAGAGUUAGUGUCAAGAAAGAUGGGUUUGAUUUGAAAUUUAACAAAGAGUUAGCUGGACUACAGCAAGAAUUUCGAGCUAACAGCUUACCACUGGAUACUUUUAAUGGGUACUUGGCGAAAUUGAAAGCUAAACCAGAACAAACAGUUUACUUCGAAAUUAUUGGACCUUCUGGUUCCUUUUUUAUAGUAGAAACAGUCACAGAUAGCAAAAAUAGGAAAAGCAACACAAUGUGUAAAUAUUUUAAUAAGGUCGGAGGAUUCCGGUUCUCAACAGGUCCUUCGUCAUUGAGACAAGCUUUUGAUGAAAAAGGAAUUGUUCAUAUUUCUCCGGUCAAAGGUGGUCAAGCUCUGUCGCUUGACAAGAUGGAAGAACUAGGGAUUGAGCUUGACUGUGAAGACGUUAACCUUGUGGCCGAUGAGUCUAACGAAAGUAUAUAUGAAUUUGUUUGUGACUAUACCAAUAUGAAAAAGGUUGAGAGUCAACUGAAAACGUUGGGCUUUGUUGUUUUGGCUGCGGAACUGCAACUACGAGCGAAGCACACCGUAGAAAAGUUUUACCAUUAUCUGCAAGAAGAUCCGGAGGUAAAACAAGUUUUUGACAACCUUGAACCUGAAGUUGAAGGUUCUUGA